CGCCGAUCUCAACGCUGUGUCCGCCAACGCCGCCGCCGCCGCCGUCUCGAUGCCUCCUUCAUCAGCGGCGUUGAUUAAAAUCAUUCCGCAGUAGCCGCUCGCGAGCCAGAUCGCGUUUUUCUAUGUAGGCCGCCCGGGAGCGAGCAGGCUGUCUAUCCCGGUUUGAGGCCAGAGACCAUGGGCUGGACGGUGAGCAGCGGGGCCCUGGUGUGGUGGUGCAUCGCAGCGUUGCUCUGCUACGCUGGUCUGCCACAAAAGGGAUUUUGCAGCGCCAGCACAGUAGCUCUUCCCGAAAGCCUGCUCUUCGUGUCCACGUUGGACGGAAACCUGCACGCCGUUAGCAAGAAAUCCGGCUCCAUCAAAUGGACUCUGAAAGAAGAUCCAGUUCUUCAGGUCCCUACGCACGUCGCAGAGCCAGCUUUUCUACCUGACCCCAACGACGGAAGCCUGUACUCUCUGGGAGGGAAAAACAGCGAAGGCCUCACAAAAUUACCGUUCACUAUCCCCGAGUUGGUCCAAGCCUCCCCCUGUCGCAGCUCUGAUGGAAUCCUUUACAUGGGUAAGAAGCAGGACCUGUGGUACGUGGUGGACCUGUUGACUGGUGAAAAACAGCAGACUCUGACCUCGUCCUUCGCGGAGAUGGUCUGUCCGUCUUCAUCUCUUCUGUAUCUGGGGCGCACGGAGUACACCAUCACCAUGUAUGACACCAAGAGCAGGGAGCUGCGCUGGAACGCCACCUAUUCUGACUACGCCUCGACCCUCCCCGACGACGACACCAAAUACAAGGUGGCUCACUUCGUGUCCAACGGCGACGGCCUCGUGGUGACCGUGGACAGCGACUCCGGGGACGUCCAGUGGGUCCAGAACUACAACUCGCCGGUGGUUGCCAUGUACAUCUGGCAGCGCGAGGGCCUCCGCAAAGUCCCCCACACCAACGUGGCCGUGGAAACGCUGCGUUACCUCACCUUCAUGUCCGGAGAGGUCGGCCGCAUCACCCAGUGGAAGUACCCCUUCCCCAAGGAGAAGAAGCCCAAGAAUAAAUUCAUGGCCACGUUGUACGUGGGGAAAUACUCCACCAGCCUGUAUGCGUCUCCCUCUCUGGUGCACGACGGAGUCACUGUGGUGCCUCGCGGCAGCACCUUCCCCAUGCUGGAAGGUCCUGACAGUCAGGAAACGGGCGAGGACAAGGAGUGUGUCAUCACGCCGAGCACCAGUGUGAAGUUCAACGCCGCGCUCCGCGAACGAAACCGGAUCAACUUCAUGAGGAACUACCUGCUCCUAAUAGGUCAUCAUGAGACUCCCCCUGAAGCUCACACCAAGAUCCUGGAAAAGUUCCCCGACAGCUUCCCUCGCAAUCAAGGCAACGUCAUCCCACCUACGACUGACAACAAGGGAGACGAGAAGGUCAACGACAGCGGCAUGGACGAUGGCCCAGCCUCGGCUGUGCCCGAAACAUCGAUCCAAGAACCCGGGACCAGCGGCCGCACUGCGCGCCCGGAGGCCCCCGUGGACUCGAUGCUCAAAGACAUGGCCACCAUCAUCUUCUCCACGUUCCUGCUGGCUGGCUGGGUGGCCUUUGUCAUUACCUACCCAAAAAGUGUGCACAAGCAGCAGCAGCUGCAGCACCAGGAGUUCCAGAGGCAGAUGGAGGAGAGGCUGGAGCUGCUCCAGAGGCAGCAGCCCUUCCCCCCCUCGGACGUGGGCCUGGGCCUGGGCCUGGGCCUGGGCCUGGCUCCGGACAGCGACUACCUGGAGGUGGCUCGCGCUCGCUCCGAUUGCUCGGACCACAGCAGCCCCAACGUCACCCCCCGCGCCUCCAACCACUCCAACAUGUCCGUGUCCGAGCUGGGCAGCUCGGCCAACGAGCACGAAGACGGAGAUGAUGACUGCAGUACUGUCAGAGUGGGCAACAUAACUUUUAACCCCAAAGAGGUCUUGGGACAUGGUGCCGAGGGGACUAUCGUGUACAAGGGUCAGUUUGACAACCGUCCGGUGGCAGUGAAGAGAAUCCUCCCAGAAUGCUUCAGCUUUGCAGACCGAGAAGUUCAGCUGCUGCGGGAGUCUGAUGAGCACCCCAAUGUCAUCCGAUACUUCUGCACUGAGAGGGACCGGCAGUUCCAGUACAUCGCCAUUGAGCUGUGUGCUGCCUCGCUUCAGGAGUAUGUAGAGAAAAAGGAUUUCGACCGACAUGGACUCGAGCCUGUUGCCCUUCUUCAGCAGACCAUGUCAGGACUUGCCCAUCUGCAUUCUCUCAAGAUUGUCCACAGAGACCUGAAACCACACAACAUUCUGGUAUCCAUGCCCAACGCACACGGCCGCGUCCGGGCCAUGAUCUCAGACUUCGGUUUGUGUAAGAAGCUAGCAGUGGGUCGCCACAGUUUCAGCAGGAGGUCCGGAGUGCCGGGCACCGAGGGCUGGAUUGCACCAGAGGUUCUCAGUGAGGACAGCAAAGACAACCCGACGUGCGCGGUUGACAUCUUCUCUGCGGGCUGUGUCUUCUACUAUGUGGUGUCCCAGGGAAGCCACCCUUUUGGCAAGUCUCUGCAGAGGCAGGCUAACAUCCUACUGGGCACGUACAGCCUCAGCCAUCUGCUCAGUGACAAACACGGAGACAUCGUUGCCAAGGAUCUUAUUGAGCAGAUGUUGAGCAUGGAUCCCCACGGGAGGCCCUCAGCUGAAAGUGUCCUCAAACACCCUUUCUUCUGGAGCCUGGAGAAAGAGCUGCAGUUCUUUCAGGACGUGAGCGACAGGAUAGAAAAGGAACCGCUGGACGGACCAAUCGUGAGGAAUCUGGAGAGAGGAGGGAGGGCUGUUGUCAAGAGUGACUGGAGAGAACACAUCACAGUACCGUUGCAGACAGAUCUGCGUAAAUUUCGUUCCUAUAAGGGAGGCUCAGUCAGAGACCUGCUGCGUGCGAUGAGAAACAAGAAACACCAUUAUCGGGAGUUGCCAGCGGAGGUACAGGAGACUCUGGGCUCCAUCCCUGAUGACUUUGUCUCCUACUUCACGUCCCGCUUUCCCCACCUGUUGAUGCACACCUACUUGGCCAUGCGGACCUGUGCACCCGAGAGGCCUUUCCUGCCUUACUACUCUGCUGCAGAGCAGCUCGCGAAAACAAACGCGCCCCACGGCCCGCAAAGACAGAGCGAGCCAUGCGCUCAGCAGCCGCCAACGCACACCUCACUACCUUCCUCGCAACCCCAGGAGCCCACACACCCGCCUCCGGCCGCGGGCGCGUCGCACACGGCACCCGCACAGCCAGCGCCCUCAUCGCCAGAAGAAGAGCCCGGGCCUUCACACCCUCAGCUUGAGACGUUACGGCCAGCAGAGCCAGCACAAUCCACACAGACUGAGGCGCACAGCCAAACGGCGAGCCUCGCGUCGGCCUCGGAGUCGCCCACGGUUCCCCUCAGGCAGCAAGAACCCAGUCGGCCUGAGAUGCCCUCGCUGACGGAUCAUCCCACGCUGGGAAAUGGACCGGUGUGAGCCGGUCCAGCGUCACGUUGACCCAGCACAGGCAGGAGCAUUGUCUUAAAGUGUGGAAAACGGAGCAGGAAUUGGGUGCCGUGCUGUGAGCUGGUUGAGGACCGGGCCUGCAGUGCCUUGGAUCUGAUGCCAGCGCCAGUAGCUGCACCCUGAAUUAAGUGCCUUCUGCUGACAAAGUGUCAAAAUGAUCCCCCAACGAGUCCACACAUCUGUUUCUUUUAAGAGAAAGUCAGAUAACCAACGGGGCUUCUGUACUGACGUUUUAUUGUCGUUGAACCGAGCAAAGAGAAUUUUUUUUUUUUUUUUUUUUUUUUUUUUUAAUCUUAUUAUCACGUCCAAAAAACGAUCUGGUCUCUCUUUUGUGGAACAUGUCCAGAUGUUGUUGAACUCUUGGGAAGUUUUAUUGUGCAAUGUUAUGUAUUUCUCAGUGAGCCUGGUCACUGCACAGAUAACUGUUUGUAUAUUUUUGUAUAAACUGAUUCAGAAUUUGCAUCAUCGAUGUUUAAAUCACUUCGCGCGGCCGCUGUGCCUUUUAAGAAAAAAAGAAAAAAAAUAUAUAUCACUGUGCAUUAUGUGUACGAAUCUUUAAAAAAAAAUUGACUAUGCUAAAUGUGCUUAAUUCCAGUUAAUGCUGCUAGACCGCUUCUCUUUUGUCAAUCAAGACUAUUGCGCUGACUCGGCAAGAGUGGAACCGUUCCAAAGCGUGUUCAGGGUCUGAAUACGGUCAGUAAUUUAAUCCUCGUGUUUAUGUCGUGAAAUACGAGCCUAGAAGUCGAAGUCAAAGUGAAGUUAAUGACUUGCACAUUAAAUUCUAUUUUUUUUUAUACUAA